UUGGACUGGAUCGGGUAUAAAGAGGAGAGUUUCCCAACCUGAAGGCAUCAACAAGUUUAAAAGCUUCGACUUGAAAACACCGCAACAAGCUAACCAAAAAACCAACAAGAUGCCUUGCCAGGGAUGUGGAAACAACUGUCGGUGCUCAGCCGGAAAGUGCGGCGGUAACUGCGCCGGAAACAGCCAAUGCCAAUGCGCCGCCAAGACGGGAGCCAAGUGCUGCCAGGCCAAGUGAUUGCCAACUACACUUGGAUUAGGUUAAUUAGUUUCUUAUAGUUGUUACAAAUCCCCGACUGACACUGAAUAAACCCUAUUAUAAUGUGGUUUUCCUAA